UGCACGGGUGUUUGAAACUGUUUUGGGUACCGGAAAUUGCUCUCCUGCAAUGUUUCAUUAUACAUCUACUAGCACGUUUUAAAGCUUACAUGAACACGUAAAAGACAAAAUGUCAUGAUGUCCUACGACAUUUAGUAACACCUGGUUGUCGUGUCCUAUUAUAAGACUUGAAAUAUCUUCCCAAAGCAUGGCGUGGUCCUAGCAACCAAUCGUCACAGGUGGUACAGACACUCCACCACGACCCUCGCGACCCUCUCAACGCUUAAUGGUGUGUAGAUCCUAUUUGCCUGAUACGUGUGAUUGAAGCCGCCAUGUUUAUUCUGUCGGGUCAUUCAAAACAGGUGGCCAAUGCUGAAUUAUUUACACGAAAACACUUUCUUUAACCAGACCGGAUUAUCUGACGGUAAGUUCGGGCUAUUGUGCUGGUAACGCUGCCUUUCGGGAAGAGGUAGAUACAUUUUGUAUGUAUUAAAUGGAGAAGAGGCUGAAUGUGAGCAGUAGCAAAGGACGGGAAUUCAGGACAAUGUUGAUAGACUAUGGCUAAAUUCCACUGCAACCACCAAAAGAAGUUGCUAUGGUGGGAUGAUUAGCGAGUAUUAUCAUCUAGAAUUACAUCCGAUAAACUGACGUAGUUAUCUUUGGAAAUUGCGAACGGACAGAGCAACACAUCUGGACUUUAGACAUCCUUCUUACGCUUACUCUGCAUAACGUCUUAAUGCACUUGCACGAUUCGAUACACGGUGGUUUAGUUUCCGUCACAUCGGACUUAUUUUCGGAAAUUGACGUUGGUGGGGCCAAGACCCCCAGACGCGUGUGUAUUCUUCAAGUAAUCUAUCUGUGUUUACAAAGUUCUGCAAGGAACCAAGACUCUGCCGCCGGUGUCCUGAGGAUCAAAUAAAAGUACGUACAUUCUAAAGUCUUCCGCCAGUUUUUUUAUGGGGAUUUGAGAGCUAAACUGUAAGUGCAAGAUCCAUGCUACUUCUUUUAUAAUUCAUGUCUUCGUAAUGUAUCGUUCUUAUUGGACCACUUUUGGGCAUGCCAACGUUUUCUGCAUGAGUACUAGUACUUUGCUGGAGAGCCUCGAGGAUUCUAAACUUACAUAAUCAAACUCGUUCAUAUUCAGCGUAAGAAAAGUUUACGACAACAUGGGAGUGUUGCACAACUUUCAGCUGUCUUAUGGCGGAAAUUUGCCGCAUCUUCCUACCAGCGGUCGAGGACAGAGUCUUGCUCAACACGCAGUUCGUAACACGUCUUACUAUGCUAGUGUUACAUUUCCAAACCGGGGCCCGGCCGGGCUGUUUUAGUAAAUGGAAAAUAAUAAAAAAAUGUAUACCUAGAAAUAGACAUAAGUCAUGCUCACGUGUCACCUUUUACGCUUUGUGUAUUUUCGUGUCUUUUAUAUCAUAUUUUCGUUCCCAAGAGCUGCCCGGCCAGGUAAAGUUUUUAAAUGUGACGCAUGCCUUUAAGAUGACAUAGGCGAUGGUGAAGGGUGAUAUUUUAACAGUUGUUUGGAUAUCUGUAUGUUGUCUGUGCCCCAUGGCAUAGUCAAGGACUGUAAUGUUUCUAAUCGUUUUGUAGAUCCUGCUCACCCUCAGACAACCAGUCUACACGAUGGGCUACCGGGAAAUCAUCAAAUCUCCGGUAAACAGUCAUGAGUUCAAACGAUCAUUUCUAUGCACUCAUCAGUUAGUAGACAGAGUUCUUCCUCGUCGCCAGCUGACAGUUUUUAAAGGCAACCGCCAACCCAAGGCAAUGGACGAAGUAGAGAAGACGAAAACGAACUUUUCAGCUAUGAACCGUAUUACUCACAGUAAAGACGAUCACACCAACUUCCAAACAUCUACUAAAGUAGCGGGCGAGAUUAUAAAAGGAAAUAUAGUCGUAUGGGAGAAAGCAGAAAGAAAACAUAGUUUUCGACACCCUAAGCAAAGCAAUGUAGAUGUUUCUCGCAAGGCGACAUUAAAUCCAGGGGCAAGGGCAUCCAAACUCGAAAAUGUCGGGAGACAACCACGGCCUGUAAGUACUCCAGCAACUGAUACACAGGCACAAAUGAGUGGAAACCAUUGCGGGAAGCCUUUGUCCACUACAAGGUCUGCACCACCGGCCAUCGGAAGCUCCUGGCGGACACAGUUGCCGCAGCUUUUCCUCUUGUACCAGCAGCAACUGUGCGCUUCCUACCGCCCGAGCGCCAAACCCCCUCCGGUCCCGGUCCCGGUGGUACCGCUGGUCCCAGACAGUUGCUCAGGCUCCCGCCGCACGAGGCGCCACAGCACGGGCAGGCGGAUGAGCGUGGCUUCCACCGCUACCUGCUCGGCGUUUGACCAGUCCAUCCGGCCGCAGCACUCGCACGGCAAGCCCCGGCAGCGAGCGAAGGGAGGCCGCCGCCUCUCCUUACACUCCGCCGAGGGUAGGAAAGACUUAGACCAAGGUUCCAUGGGUACCUGGGCCGUCAGAAGGUUUCUCCGGCGAAGUCUUCCUGACGAAAUCCUUGAAGACCAUGAGGCACAGGAUGAGACAAUUCUUGAGAAACUUCCCUUCGUCACGACUCUUAAAGAUUUUCCAAGGUCGUCUAAGAAAUUGGCUCGCAGGAAUUCCAUAAGCCUCAAGGACAUAGGUACUGAAGCAAAACUCUCAAAAGGAAUAAGUAAUUGAAAAGUGCAUAGAAAAAUCGAUCUUUACCCCCAAUACGCUUACGUUAGAAAAUACACAGGGCUUCAAAAUGAAUAGAAAGGCUUACAACACAAGAGUCAGAUAGAUAAUGUAAUCUAACCGUAGCCAUGUUUUGUCCAGACUUAAUACCUGUACAUGUAUGUCUUAUAUAGUUAAAGCCUAGAUUGACCAGCUGCCAUUCUUCAUUUUGCAGUGCAUAUAUUUCAUAACAGUAUCUGAUAGAGUGUUACGUUGAGUGGUUAUGACAUAACUCGGUGUGAGGGAGUGUGUAAAGAGGUAUUGGGAAGUAUGAUUACGUGGCGGAAACUUGUUUCAUUUGUGUAUAUUACCUUAAAGCCUGUUUUAGUCGGCUACGCGGUAGGCAUUUCCAAUGUCCUGCCAAUACUAGUAGCUAUACUAACACUUUUAUUGGUUAAUGAAUGAAUGAAUGAAGACCUUUAUUGAACAUACAUAAACACUGGGUUCAGUACAGGUCACAACAAACGAUACAACAUGAUAUAUGAUAUAUAAUAUAUUAAUGUAUCUAGAUUUCAACGGAUUGUAACCUGGUUUUGGGUGGGGCUGAGUGGUGUAUUAAACUGCAUGGUGUUUUGUACCCAUGGAACCUUGGUCUAAGUCUUUUCUACCCUCGUAUUGAUGACACUCGACCAUUUGCGUGAAUCCAGUUCUUUGAAAGCGUCGCAGAAGAGUUUAUUGUUCGUGUACUGCUACGUGUAUUAAACUGCAUGGUGUAUGGUCCAGACACCUAAGGUCCUUGGU